CCGCCGUGCUCCGCCCUGUCGCUAUAAAGAGAAGGCGGGCGCCGUGCUCGGCUGCAAGCUCCGUCGUGCGCCUCGGAUCCGUUCCCAUCGGAUUCUGCAGAAACUCGUGUGGUUCCUCCCCGCGACAGCCAAAAUGGUGAAGGUGAUCGAGAGCAAGGAAGCUUUUCAGGAGGCCCUGGUGGCUGCGGGAGACAAGCUUGUAGUUGUGGACUUCUCGGCCACGUGGUGCGGACCUUGUAAAAUGAUCAAACCUUUCUUUCAUUCCCUCUCUGAAAAGUAUUCCAGUGUGGUGUUCCUUGAAAUAGAUGUGGAUGACUGCCAGGAUGUUGCUGCAGAGUGUGAAGUCAAAUGCAUGCCGACCUUCCAGUUUUACAAAAAGGGUCAAAAGGUGGGUGAAUUCUCUGGUGCGAACAAGGAAAAGCUUGAAGCCUCCAUUACUGAAUUUGCGUAAUCAUGCCCCAAGAAACAUAAUCAGCCAGGAGCUGUUUAAAGCCUGUAACUUUUUUAAUUUUCAAAAUAUGAAGUGUGGAGAGUCUAUCCCCAACUGCCAUCUGAUUAUAAAUGAGGAUAAAAUAUUAAUUCUACCCUUUUUAAAACCGUCUGGAGUCUUAAUAUAAAUGAGAGAUAGCCUGAUUUCACCUUUUAGUUUUAGUAACAUUUGUACACUGCGUUUUUGUUUGGUUUACGAUUAAAAAAAAUAGGAGCCUGGA